AUGCCUCAGACAUCACCGGGCGUUGGUCCGCUAGUCAGGUUACCUGAACCCUGGAAGACAACAUACGAAGUCACUAUCUCAGCAGGGAUAGAUUCUGUGCCUUUGUUCAGCCUUGUGCUUUCCCGAAAGCAAUUGUCCGGUUCAAGUUUACCACCAGAACCACUUCAUCUCGAGUCUUUGAGAUUUAGUGAUCUUGGAUUGGAGCCCAAUGUGCCCACACCUGGAGUUGGAGAUAAUUCUCUCGAGGCACGUUAUCACCGGUCACUUAUUUCACUUGUCUCGUGGAACACAUCGAUAGCACCUAGUGCCAGUCAGAUAUGGAAUCUAGCAUAUGCGAUUGUCACCAGGCAUCCGGAGGUCGAGGACUUUCGCCUGGAGCUCACUGGACCUGGGGCUACUGGGUUAUCUGACGCGCUUCGCGCUACUGGUCUGGCCAGCCGUCUGCCCAAAUUCAUAUCAACCGAGCGCUCUGCACCCUCAACGGCUAGAAGAUCUCUGGCCUGGAUAAUGCGAUCAAGUUUCUGGCAAGGUGCUGGGUCCCCGUUUGGCACCCGCCCUGUGUGGGUUGCAAAUCCAGAUCUGUUCGGACAUCUCUCUAAAACAUUGACUUCCGUGCCUGCCUUUCCUUAUGAGCACACUGUUACAUUCAGUCUUGAAGGUCGGCCUGUCCAUGCACAGCAUCCCGUGCGACCGCCAAAGCCAGCUCACGGUGCGGUCAUCUACAGCCGCUAUAUUCCUCAUCUGGACGAAUUCUUCUCUAUGGUUCACUUUGAUUGGAGAAACAAAACCCAUCUUCAACUAUUCCAUGACUGGCAGAACGACCCUCGCGUGGCCGCAGGCUGGAACGAAACUGGAUCACUAGAGCAGCACCGCGAGUACUUGCGGAAAAUUGACGAGGAUCCUCACCAGAUGUCUAUCCUCGCAAGGUUUAAUGAUACCUAUUUUGCCUACUUUGAGGUCUACUGGGCAAAGGUGCGGAAGUACAUAUCUUACAUUCCACGUUCUGGUGACUUACACUGUCUCGAAUUUCUAGGAGGACCACAUGGGCGUUUAUUUAUCUCCCCAAGCUGGUGA